AUGUCGAAAAAGGUCAAAAAAUUGCAAUUAGCCAAUGUUUUUGGAUUUCGCAUUGGAAAAGUUAUUGGAAAAGGGACCUAUAGUAAAGUUUGCCUUGCUACUAGUGAUGAUUGCGACAAAAAAUUGGCAUGCAAAAUAAUAAGUAAGAAACAAUCCGGGAAGGAAUUUUUGAAAAAAUUUUUGCCAAGAGAAUUGGAGAUUAUUAAAUGUAUCAAUCAUCCCAAUAUAGUAAAAGUUUACAGAAUAUUCGAAACUCCAUUGACAGUUUAUGUGUUUAUGGAGUAUUGUGAACUUGGGGAUAUUUUGGAAUAUAUUCAGAAUAAUGGGCCAUUUACUGAAGAAAGAACCAGAUUGUUGUUCAGACAGGUUGUGGAGGCGGUGCAUUAUCUACAUAACCUGAAUUUUGCUCAUAGAGACAUUAAGUGUGAUAAUAUAUUUUUAUGGAACAACUGUAUGAUAAAACUGGGAGAUUUCGGUUUUUCCAGAUAUUGUGUGGACGAGAACGGAGAAUAUCCAAUGUCAAACACAUUCUGUGGCUCUGCCGCUUAUGCCGCGCCUGAAAUUUUGCAAGGGAAACCUUACGAUCCUAAAAAAUACGACAUCUGGGCUUUGGGAUGUAUUUUGUAUAUUAUGGUUAUGGGGCAAAUGCCUUUUGAUGAUUCAAAUAUUUUAGAAAUGGUAGAAGAUCAAUUAUAUGGGAAUAUUCGAAAUUUUAAUUUUUUUUGCGAUAGAUGUUCUCCAAAUUUGAGGAGAUUGCAAAUGUCACUCUUCGAAACUAACAUGGCAAAUAGGAUUAAUACUUUGCAGAUCAUCCACCAUCCGUGGUUUUUGCAGGAGCCGUACGAUGUCAGAAUUUCUAACGCAGUGUUACGGUCUAUGUCUGAUAGUCGUUUGAUUUGAAAUUUAAUUCAACAGAUUGUAGAUGAACAGCUCAAAUACAUAACUCAGAUAUGUUAAGUCCUA